AAGGACCACUGCCGGGGCAGGGAAUCCGUGGGGAGUGCCGAGAAGUGCGCACGCGCACCGACCCUUACGGGCCCUAGCAACCAAAGCGGUGACAGUAGCAACGGCCGGAAUGGCAAAAGCAACAACAAUCAAAGAAGCCUUAGCCAGAUGGGAAGAAAAAACCAGUCAGAAGCCAUCUGAAGCUAAAGAGAUAAAGCUUUAUGCCCAGAUUCCCCCUAUAGAGAAGAUGGAUUCAUCCUUGUCCACCCUUGCUAAUUGCGAGAAGCUUUCACUGUCUACAAACUGCAUUGAGAAAAUUGCCAACCUGAAUGGCUUAAAAAACUUGAGGAUAUUGUCUUUAGGAAGAAACAACAUAAAGAACUUAAAUGGACUGGAAGCUGUAGGGGACACGUUAGAAGAACUGUGGAUCUCCUACAAUUUUAUUGAGAAGUUGAAAGGAAUCCAUGUAAUGAAGAAAUUGAAGAUUCUCUACAUGUCUAAUAACCUGGUGAAAGACUGGGCUGAAUUUCUGAAGCUGGCAGAACUGCCAUGCCUGGAAGAUCUGGUGUUUGUAGGGAAUCCCUUGGAAGAGAAACACUCUGCUGAGGGGAACUGGACUGAGGAGGCAACCAAGAGAGUGCCCAAACUGAAAAAGCUGGAUGGGACCCCAGUAAUUAAAGAAGACGAAGAAGAAGAAAACUAAUGCCACAUUUUCUGCUUUGUGUUAACUUAUUUAAAUGUCAUAAGAACAAUAGAUAAGUUUUGUAUAAUUUUCUAUUUUGAAGAUUCUGUGUGGGCCAAAAGGUUUAAGGAUAAAACAAAUAUCUCCAUCCUUUUUUUUUUAAACUAUUCAGUGUUUCUCCCCCAAAAUGGUAACACCAAUUUUAUAUAUUCUAGUCCUCUUUUUAGAAACUACAAAUUUUUAAGUUCUGUCUUUAGUUCCAGUUAUGUACUACAUGGCUCCACCUCUGAAACCUUUAUAAACCAGUCAUUUUUAACAACAAAGCAACAAAUCUGGUUCUUUAUUCAGUUUGUUUGGGUUGUUUUAGGCCAGGUAUUUAAAUAUAUAUACUUAACUUUUGAAUCUGUAAAUUAUCUCCAUCUCUUAUGACUCAGAAGCACAAAUGUGUCAUGUCUUUGGUUCAGAAGGCAGCAUGGUGAUGAGGAGACUUCCUUUUAGAAAUACAACAGCCGCCCUAGAACCAAGACUCCAAAGUUCAAUUUGGAAAAGCUGUGAUGAAAACGGGAAAAAUUAAUCUUGGAAGUCUUACAACCCAUGCUAUAUUUGCUUAUUUGUUUUUCCAAAACUGCGUGCAUUGUCAACUGGAAUUUAGGUUGUGUUUACAUGCAUAGCCACUUUAGUCACUGUGCCCAGUGAGUCAGUUGUUCUGUGAUCCAGGUCAGUGGUUAAAGUGACUAUCAUGAUCAUUCCUUUGACCAAAACUGUGGUCAUGUUACUCAUGUGGACCUGGUCUUAGGCACACUUUUUGGUUUAUAGCUCCUUAUGUACUAUAUAAGGAAACACAUAUAAGCAGUAGCUGUUUGAAUUCCUAGCCUAAAUGUUGGCCAUUCACGUAAGAAUUUGCGCUAAUAACUUUGGUCUGUUGACCUUCAUAUCAGAGAAGUUAUUGUAUAGGGUAUAGAAUUUAAAGAUUGGAUUUGGUACCUUUCAAUGAAUGAAAUUUAGUAUUUCAAAAUAUACUUUUAGAAAAGUUCUUAGUUAAACAGCACUUAAAAUGAAUUAUGUAAGUGGUGGUAGAAGGAAAAGAUGGGAUCCCAGGCAAAUGGCAAUAUUUUUGAGGAUUGCCUCUUCUAUGAAGCAUUGCAGGUGAUUUAACCUCAAAAUUGCAAAACAGUCAUUGGAUGCAGAGCUUAGAAUUUAUCACAUAAGAAAAAAAUCCUUUUUGGAAAAUGCAAGGAAAUGGUAGUAGUAACCAGAUGAAGUCCAUAGCAGGCUGUGACGAAUCACUGAUAGAUUGCAGAAAAUAAGUCAGAGGUCCUCUGCCAAAUUGUGCCUAAAGUCCCUCAACCAGAGACUAUUGAUUCUUAUUUCCCCAUUUACUUGUGUAAAAUGAAAGAGGGGAGAGUCAUUUUUUAAAAGUGAUUGCAGAAGUAAUCCUAGGUGUCAGAAGGUUUCAUCUAUUAUUUAAGAAUUACAUGAUUUCCCUGAGUCACUCUGAUCAAAAGGGACCACUGCUUCGACAAUCAAGUCUAAAUACAAACAAUAAGAGGAAAAUUCAGUCCAACAGUUUUUUAGCCUCCUUUUAGUUCUUCCUUACAGUCUGAAAGGAAGAAAUCUUUACUCUGACUGGCUUAUACAUUCAAAGCCUUCGGGUAUGUCUUUUGUGAACCACAGGCAAUGAGCAUUUCCUUGGUGAUGUUUAAGGCCCAUAAGCUAAGGGAGAAACUACUUAUAGUUUGCACUUCAUCUAGUUGGCAAGCUUAAAGCCAUAUUGCUAUGUGUGGGUGUAUUUUCUACAAGUUACUCUGUAAGUGAAUAUAAUAGGGAAUGGAUAACUUCAUUUUGAAUUUACUUAUAAAAUGGCUCAUCCUGCUGGUGUUUGCUUUUUCUGAGUCCCAUAAUAUAGAAACUAAUUUUCUCUGUUUCUCUUUGUUUUUCAAUGUCUUUCAAUCCUUGGUAGUUCUCAGAGAAAUGUAAGGUGCUUUUCUGUGUCCAUUUCACACAAAAUUCAUACUCAGUUCCAUUCAACAAAUGUUUGAACAACUUCUAUGCAUCCUUUCCCUAGAAUUAAAGCCAGAAUCCAUGCCAUUAGAAAACAGAAGAUAGGGUGUAUGAAGACGUUCUGAAUAUUCUCUCAAAUCAUUCCUUAAGCCAUCCUUCACUGCUUCAAACUUAGCUGAUAUUAAAUGCCUUUGGUUUAUGCUUCUUGGAUUAGAUACUUGACCUAUUUGGAAUGGAUUCUCUGUCAUACUGAUUUAAAGCAGUAUGCCAUUUUAAUGGAUCAUUUAAAUUUCUUCUGUUUUUUGUAAUGAUGGCAGAGCUCUGGAAUUAGUUCACUAUUUUAAUUUUUCACAGGAAAUCUGAUUUUAGUCUACCAAGGAAUUCAGCUUUUCUAUGUUUCCUAACUCCAAGAUUGUGGCUGUAUUACCUGGUUAGGCCUUUAAAGGUUUUUGUGUUCUCUGUUAAUAGGAGUUUGUUACUUUAAACCAGAGUUUCUCAACCUGGGCACUGUUAACAUUUUGAGUUGGAUAAGUUGUGAGUGGCUGCCCUGUAUAUUAUAGGAUGUUUAGCAGAAUCUUGACUUCUGCUUACUAGAUACCAGCAGAACCUCCUCUCCAGUUGUGACAACCAAAAAUGUCUUCAGACCUUGCCAUCUGUCCCCUUGGGCAAGAGGGUGAGAACAAAUUUGCUCUGGUUAAGAACCAGUGCCUUAUACCAACAUUCUUUUUGUACAGGGUCCAUUUAUUUUCUCUUUGUAGCCAUAUGCCACAGAAGUAUGAGAGAAGAUAAUGUAUUUAAUAAUCAUGGAUGGAAGGAAAUGGCCACUGGUGUUUUUCUUUUUUGUAAUGCUCAUUUUAAUUAUUUUCACAUACCAUUAGAAACUCAGGGCUGGAACAGUUCAACUUACUUCUCUUCAUCAGGUCUUUGACUUUUAUUUAUUAGCAUUCUUGCUUAAGACAGAUUUAUUAAUCUACCUCUCUCUUACUCUCAACAGAAUCCAACUUUGUAAUAGAUUUUGCUUUGUCUCUAAAGUUUAACAUUUUGAGUGUACUUUAGAAAAUGGAUCAUCAUUCCUUAAGUGAUCAUUCAUUGUCCAGGAAUGCACAGAAUUUAGCAGUCUGUAGCAGCCAUUAAAUACAGAAAAAUUUUGUAUAAAAUUUGGUAAUCAUAUAUGAAAGUUAGCUUGUAUAGACACCGAUUUUGGAUGUGAUCAAAAUAUGUCUGGUCAUGAUAACUGGUUAAUAAUUUAGUGGGGUUACUGGAUCCAUUCCACAAAUAGAGAUGGUGUAAGACCCUUAAAUGUGGUUCCAGUGUGGAAAGAGAAAUUUUGACUUCAAUUAAGUGCUUCUUCUGAUACCUUUUACUAGUGCUCUGAAAUAAGGAGGAAUAAGAAAUGAAUCUUAACUGUUGACUUACUCUCAGAAUUGGUGAUGCGUAAAUAGAAUUGAAGGUAGUUAUCUCUGUGACCCAGUGUCUUCCACCUGGGUUUUUCUUAGGACUAAAUGGGAAAUGUGUAGGGCCUAGGAAGGUUGAAUUUAAUCAUUAACUUAAAAAAAGUUGAGGGGAAGUAUCAAAGCAUAGAUCAUGAGUAGUCAGUGUCUCUAACUGUAGUCUCUCAGUUCACAGUGACCUUACAUUGUAAGUAUUGUUAAUGAGAGAAAACUAACUGAAAACUAAAUUAAAGUGUAUCCUUUAUCAGAAAUUAAUUCCUUUGGCACACAUUUAUUAUUUGCUCUGCUUAAUGUGUCAGUAAAUAAAUAUAAAAUAAGAUUCAGUGUAGCAGAGUUGGUGCCUUUGACACAGCUAACUUGACCAUAUUCCUUUAUCUUCAUUCUAGCAUGAGUUUUUUUUUUGAAAACCAUAAAAUAGGUCCAAUUUUAAAAAAUGCAAAAGAUACCCUUUUU